UUGUGGAUGAAAGAAUUACACAAAUUGAGGCUACUAAACAAAGACAGACUAGGGAUGAAGAUGAUGGGGAGGAGGAAAGUUCUAAUUCAGAGGAGGAAGAGGACAUACUUUCGAAACACGAUGAUGAUAGCAGUACAAAUAAUAGUCCUUUACUAAAUCGUCGCCGUUCUGUCAUGCAAUGGCCUGUCCCACCCCCUCAACCUGCAGCUGUUGCAGCAACUACUCGUUUUUGCCAAAACAAGCGAUGGAUGAUGGGGCGCCAAUUAAGUGGA